AUGGAAAACGGCAACGAUGCUACCAAGGACUGCCGCGACCUGCUCAUCCUCGAGCACAGCAUGGAUCAUCUACGAGGCGGGCAGUACAAAGCUAUGUUGUUUGUUGCAUGCAUGAAGUCUCUGAAGAAGCAAGAACAACCGAAAGGUACCAAGGAUAAGCACAAGGCCACUGUUGCGGUCACUCAGUGGGAGAAUCGCGCGCCGUGGAACUCGACUACUCGACUAUUCGACGUUCUCCGGAAUAAGCUACUUUCUUGUGCUUCGCAUUGCGCAAUGCUGCGACUGAAUGGCUUUGAGAUCGAGAAUGUCGAACCUCACGGGACCUUCAGAACCAAUCACCUUUUCGACGCGACAACAAUGGAAAAGGCACAACCCCAUAUCAAUGCGCAUCCAACUGUGUCUCUGAAAUCAUUACUCGACAAUGGCCUGUUUCUUCCUGCACGCGAAAAUGGUGCGUUUCCACCGAAUGACAAGGCCGUACUUGCACUAUCGCUGGCCCGGUGCCUACUGCACCUGUUCAGAGGGCCUUGGAUGCAACGAGCAUGGGAUUGCGAGACCAUAAACUUCCUCCAGAAGGACAGCGAGGAAGUUUUGAUAGACAUACACUCGCCCUACAUCAGAUGUUCGUUUGCCGACGCCACACCAGAUUCACCUCCACACAGCUCUCGAUGGAUCACGGUCUCAUUUGCCCGCUUGUUGCUUGAGAUUGAGAUCGGAAGAUCCAUUGAGAGCGUUGAAUCUCCUACAGAAGCGGCUGCUGCUAAUGGUCUACAACAAGUGCUCAAAGAGAUCUUAGCAAACCUUCCCGAUGACGGAUAUGCGCGCGGGCACUACAUUAAUGCGAUCGAAGGGUGUCUUGGUUUCAACGAGCUAUUAUUAGAGGAAUGUGAGAGGAGUAGUACCAAGGACCCUCAGUACCUGCCGACCAAGGUGCUGUACGACAGUGUGGUUGUGCAUCUCGAGAGGAACAUGGGAUUAGUUAUGAACCCGAAGGCAGCACUUAUCCCAAGAGAUCUCUCGAUUCGUCAGAACAUCACUAUGCUUGCAAAAGCUCCUAUCAAUAGUCGAGCUUUUGACCAUCAGGUGGCAGGCGACAGCAUCGGGAACAACGGUGGACAUGCUCGCAAACCAAGCUUAGCAUCAGAUCGUACCGACGAGGGCAGUCCCGCCGCCCCGCUCCUGACCGAUGUACUUAUGGAUGGUUUCGAAGAGCUUGCAGCACAUGGAGACGCCAAGAAUGCGAAUCUAGCGCGCGGGUUCUUCACGAACCUAACAAGAUUCAACAAACAGCACAUCCCCCGAGCGUUUCCCAGAAACAUCAAGAAGACCAAGGUCUGCAUCAUCGACACCGGUUUAGACCUUACCGAUUCUACCGUGCGCAGCUUCAAGCGUAGAGUCGUGGAUGGGCACAGCUGGGUCGAUGAUGACUCCAAGUCCUACCAUGAUAGAUGUGGCCAUGGCACGCACAUAGCUCGCCUGAUACUCAAUACGUCCGUCCAUGCGGAACUGAUGAUCGCCAAAGUUUCCGACGAUAAGACCUUCCGCCUGGAAAGCAUGCAGCAUAUUGCCUCAGCUAUUCGAUGGGCAUGCGACAACGAUGCCGACAUCAUAUCUUUAUCGUUGGGAUUUCGUGAAACUAUCCCAGAGAUUCGAUCUGCGAUCCGCGAGGCGAUUUCACCCGAACAUGACGAUACUCCGCCCAGGAUUGUUUUCGCCGCAGCGGGUAAUUGGGGGCUAAACAAUGGACUCGCCUUCCCAUCCAACCAGAAGGGCAUAUUCUGCAUCCUUGCAUCCGACGGUAACGGAUCCAGCGAUAGCAUGAACCCGGAUAAUGAAGACGGUGAUUGCUUCAGAACUCUGGGAGUUGCAAUCGAGUCCAGAUGGCAGGGCGAAAGCAUCCUCUUACACGGCACCUCAUACGCCACACCAAUUGCUGUGGGCAUGGCAGCGAACGUAUUGGACUUCGCAAAAGUGAAGCUGAGCCAAAAGCGCUGGCAGAAAUUGACAUCUUAUCCCGGCAUGCGAGCAGUGCUUCGCCUGAUGACGCCGAAAGCCAAGAAUCAGUGGUACCUCUGUCCGUGGCAGCUCGAGCGCAUACGAUUGUCCAAACGGCCACUGUCACCGAUCCCACCGUUGUCGACUUACCAACCCUCCAACGUAAACAUCCAAAGUCCCUCGCGAGAAGACUUGAAGCUCAAGAGCAAAGCCCGAAAGACUCCCAACUCUCCCAACUCUCCCAACUCUCCCAACUCUCCCAACUCUCCAGGGUUAUCAACCGUACCAACCGAUCAGAUCACCAUGCCAACCCCCCACCGCACACCCCCAUCCUUCUUCCUCGUCCCAGACGAAAAGAUAAACUACGAAGACACCGUCCGCCUCGGCAACAUCCUCUACCGCAUCUCCGAACCCGACAACGUCCUCACAUCGCACCCUCUCCCUUCUCCGCCCUCUUCCAAGACACUUCAAAACUACCGCAUAUCAACCGAAGCGAGUAAGACUAACAAAAUCGGGCUCUUCACCAAGAUCCUCGAACUCCUCGGCUUUGGCAUCAACGCAUCCUCGCGACGCGCAAAAAGCGACCAAGAAGCGUAUACGAUAGAAAGCAUGACAAUAUCCACAUUCACACCCUCAAAAGACUAUCUAAAAGCCGUGGAAGAAGAUUCAGAUGUACAAGACACCCUCCGCAACACCCCCGACGCAUCCACCUUCCUAAUCACCGGCGUCGUUCUAGCCACGGGCGUAACAUUCACCUCCUCCACAUCCCGAGAAGCAGAACAUGAAGGCAGCGCCGGGAUAUCCAGUCCAGGGCUUUCACUCGGACCGAGCGCGUCGCGGUCGAGGAAGAACGUGUUAGAAGUGGGUUAUACGGAUAAGGGCCCGGUGGUACUGGCGUAUCGGGUGCAGAAGCUGGCGAUGUUGGAGGGUACGGGGAAGAUGGGGGCGGAGAAAGUUAGUGAGGGGGCGUAUUUUGGGGCGGGGGAUGAGGUGGAGAUGGUGGUGGGGGUUGAUGUUGAGCUUGAUGAUGUUGAUACGGAGGAGUUUGAGAUGGUGGAGGGGUUGGAAGUGGUUGAUGGGGUUAAGUAUGCGCUUUGGGUUGCUUCGUGA